CUCCGCGCUCCUGCGCAGAACCGUACGGCGGAUCUUCGGCGAGACCUCCACCCGCGACGCAGCAGCUGCAUCACGCACAUUUCCGCCUCCUCCAGCAGAAGAGCCACGGCAGGGCGUUGAGGCUCCAGCGCGGCGGGGCAGCGACAUGGCGACAUCCGGCUCCUGUGUGGUGAUCAGCGAUGAAGAGCAGGGCUACGACCUGGAUCUCUUCUGCAUACCAAAGCACUACGCAUCGGACCUGGAGAGGGUUUAUAUCCCUCAUGGACUCAUCUUGGACAGGACAGAGCGGCUGGCCAGAGAGAUCAUGAAGGAGAUGGGGGGACACCACAUCGUGGCCCUGUGCGUGCUCAAAGGGGGGUACAAGUUUUUCGCAGACCUGCUGGACUACAUCAAAGCCCUGAACAGGAACAGUGACCGGUCCAUCCCCAUGACGGUGGACUUCAUCCGCCUCAAGAGCUACUGCAACGACCAGUCGACAGGCGAAAUCAAGGUGAUCGGUGGAGACGACCUGUCUACGCUUACGGGCAAGAAUGUCUUGAUCGUAGAGGACAUCAUCGACACGGGGAAGACGAUGAAGACGCUAUUGGAACUCCUCAAACAGUACAAUCCCAAAAUGGUUAAAGUAGCAAGUCUGCUGGUGAAAAGGACGCCCCGAAGUGUUGGCUACCGACCGGACUUUGUUGGAUUUGAGGUCCCGGAUAAAUUUGUGGUGGGAUAUGCGCUAGACUACAACGAGUACUUUAGGGAUCUAAAUCAUAUCUGCGUCAUUAGUGAAACAGGGAAGGAGAAGUACAAGGCGUGAGGAAAGCUCGGCCACAGCUUUUCAAGUAUGAUUGUAUGGUUUGCUCUUCGUCUUUUUUUUUUUAAUUCUUCAUAUUGUGUCACAGUGUUUACUCAGGGUCCCUGAGGAUGCACAGCGGAAGUGAAAAUCCUACCUUUUUGUUUUUACACACAUGCACACGUGGCAACCGAAUACGGGAUAAGAGCAUGGCGUCCCGUUUCACCUGAAAAUGAAUGUUUUACGUCCCAACCCACCCCCCACCCCAAGUAAUGGAGUAAUUUAUUCAAAGAAAUGCUGCUAGCGUGAAGUACAAAUUCAAAAUUAUUGUAUGAUCAUAAGAUUUCCCAAAUUUUUUUUUUUUUAACAUGGCUUUAAUUGUAAUUCUGUUUUUGCCAGGAAUUAUCAAGUCAAGUGUUUUAAGAGCACUUUUAAAGACUGUGUAGCAUUUCUUUGACGUGUGUUCAUAUGUUUUGGGACAGAAGUCUUCCCUGGUACCGUUUCGUGUAAGAAGACUUUGGUGAAAACUCAUGUUGUAAAGUCACAACGUGGGCAGCAAUCCCCCAUUAAACACACAUGGGUAUACCCUCCUCUUUUUGUCUCUUUAAUAUAUAAGUGUUAAUGACAUAUUUGUGUAAGCAAAGCUUUUGGAUGUUUUCUGCGCGUCAUAUGAGAUUCUUAAAUGCUUACAGACGUGGAAAUGUUCCCCUGUUGUCUGUUCGUAUUUAUCGUUCAAUUGCCCCAUAGUUUAUAUUUCGAUUAAAUGAAAAAGCUGUCUUUCACUUCUUCUGUAAUCUUGAACAUUGCAGCUGCAGCUAUUAAAUUUUUUCACCUCCUA